AUGCUUCCCGCGUCCGAGAUCAAGCCCUCGUUCGAGCAGGUGACCGACAUACUGAAGAAGUCAAAAGACUCGCCACAUCCGCCGAACCUCGUGCCAUUAUGUGCGCAAAUCAAGGCCGACCUCUUCACGCCCACACAAGCAUAUCUCAAAGUGUCGCAAGGCGCCAAGCUAUCGUUCCUAUAUGAGAGUGCCGCAACAACAGGCACGAUCGGUCGUUACAGUUUUGUGGGCGCAAAUCCUUUGAAAGUACUGAAGACGGGUCCGGGACAUGGCAUUGAGGGCGACCCAUUACCACAACUCGAGGAGGAGCUGGCACAGUAUCGGGUGGCCUCAGUACCAUUUCUGCAGCUUCCACCCCUGACUGGCGGUGUGAUCGGAUAUGUGGGAUACGACUGUGUGAGGUACUUUGAACCCAAAACAGCCAGGCCCAUGAAAGACGUCUUGAACCUUCCAGAAAGUUUCUUCAUGCUGUACGACACGAUCGUAGCAUUCGACCAUUUCUUCAAUACCGGCAAUAAAGCGACGUCGAAUAUUGGACAGACAGGAUACGAACGCCAUGUGACCACACUAAAGAAACACAUCACGAAAGGAGAUAUCAUUCAAUGCGUUCCCUCACACCGAGUGGCACGGCCUACAAGUCUGCACCCCUUCAAUAUCUACAGACACCUCCGCACAGUCAACCCAUCACCAUAUCUGUUCUACAUCGAUUGCGAAGACUUCAGCAUAAUCGGUGCGUCACCCGAACUUCUCGUCAAAGAAGAAGCCGGCCGUAUCAUCACCCAUCCUAUUGCGGGCACGGUCAAGCGAGGCCAAGAUCCCGAGCAGGAUGAGCAGCUAGCAGAUGAGCUACGCAACAGUAUAAAAGACCGAGCUGAACACGUCAUGCUGGUUGACCUGGCGCGAAACGAUAUCAAUCGAGUCUGCGAUCCGCUUUCGACGCGAGUGGACAGAUUGAUGGUUGUGGAGAAGUUCAGCCACGUACAGCACCUGGUGAGCCAGGUGUCUGGCAUACUGCGAGAGGGCGAGACACGAUUUACUGCCUUCCGGAGCAUAUUUCCAGCUGGAACGGUUUCAGGCGCGCCGAAAGUGCGGGCUAUGGAGCUGAUAGCCGAGCUCGAGAAAGAGAAGAGAGGAGUGUAUGCUGGCGCGGCGGGCUACUUUGGUUUCUCGCAGGUCUCGCCGGAUGGCACGAGGAUUGAGGAAGGGGCUAUGGACACCUGCAUUGCUCUGCGAACGAUGGUCUGGAAAGACGAUGUGGCGUACCUGCAAGCUGGCGGUGGGAUUGUUUUCGACAGUGAUCCUGAAGAUGAGUGGAUUGAGACGAUGAACAAACUCGGAGCCAACCCCCCCAAAGGAAAGAAAGCCGCUCCUGCUCCCUUCCCGGGUAGCAAGGGUACUUCCAAGAAGGCUCCCAAGAACCCUCUCAUCGAGAAGCGCCCCCGCAACUUCGGUAUCGGCCAAGAUGUUCAGCCUCCCCGUAACCUCUCUCGUAUGGUCAGAUGGCCAGAGUAUGUCCGCCUCCAACGCCAGCGCAAGAUCCUCCAUAUGCGCCUGAAGGUCCCACCUGCGAUCGCCCAGUUCCAACAGACUCUCGACCGCAACACCGCCGCACAAGCCCUCAAGCUCCUCAACAAGUACCGCCCAGAGACAAAAGCACAGAAGAAGGAGCGUCUUACUGCCGAAGCCACCGCUGUGUCUGAGGGUAAGAAGAAGGAAGAUGCUUCAAAGAAGCCCUACACCGUCAAGUACGGUCUCAACCACGUCGUCGGACUGAUUGAGAACAAGAAGGCUAGCCUGGUCCUGAUCCCAAACGAUGUUGAUCCCAUUGAGCUGGUUGUAUAUCUCCCUGCUCUGUGCAGAAAGAUGGGUGUCCCAUAUGCGAUCAUCAAGGGCAAGGCGCGAUUGGGCACAGUCGUCCACAAGAAGACUGCGGCUGUAGUUGCGUUGACUGAGGUCAAGGGCGAGGACAAGAACGAGCUGUCGAAGCUGGUUUCUGCUGUGAACGAGGGCUACGCCAACAAGUACGAGGAUCACCGACGUCACUGGGUGGUGAAGGUCGAGAAGCGCAAGAAGGCGUUGGAGCAGGCUAUCAAGAUCUAA